AUGUAAGAAUAGUCAGUGUUGAUAGAAUGAUCAAAGCGAGAACUUAAUCUAGAUUCUUAAAUUUGACACUACUAGUGAGAUUUUCAGCUACUGAUGUUACAAACAAAAUAUUGGAGCAUAGAGUUGAGGAAAAGACUUAAACCAGAUUUUUCUUCAAUUAAUUAAAAAUAUGGAUCCUGAAGGAGAGAGACCACAGAUUUGCAAUGUGACACCUUUUCAACAGAUUAUUGCCUCUUGUACUGGGGCCAUACUGACAUCACUAAUGGUGACACCCCUGGAUGUUGUUAAAAUUCGACUGCAAGCCCAAAGCAACCAAUUUUACAAAGAUCUCAGUGCUGUUUCAUUAAGCAAAACAAAUUAUGUUUAUUUCAUCCCAAAAGGAAAAUGUUUUGUAUAUAAUAAUGGACUUAUGGAUCAUCUCUGUAUCUGUGAAGAGGAAGGCAACAAAGCAUGGUAUAAGAAGCCAGGAUAUUUCCGGGGAACAUUAGUAAGGAGAUUAUAUUAUGAUGCAUUUUUGAAAAUCAUUCGAAAUGAGGGCGUUAAAUCUCUGUGGAGUGGCCUUCCCCCCACCUUAGUAAUGGCAGUUCCUGCUACAGUUAUCUAUUUUACCUGCUAUGAUCAAUUAACUGCUCUCCUGAAAUCUAAAUUAGGAGAAAAUGAAAGCCAUAUACCAAUUGUUGCUGGAAUUGUGGCCAGAUUUGGUGCAGUAACUGUAAUAAGUCCCUUAGAAUUGAUAAGAACCAAGAUGCAAUCUAAGAGGUUUUCUUACAAGGAGCUGCAUCAAUUUGUCAGCAAGAAAGUGUCCAAAGAUGGUUGGAUUUCCCUUUGGACUGGCUGGACUCCUACUCUUCUUAGAGAUGUACCAUUCUCAGCAAUGUACUGGUAUAACUAUGAACUUUUAAAGAAGUGGUUGUGUGAGAAAUCUGGUUUAUAUGAACCCACAUUUAUGAUCAACUUUACUUCAGGAGCAUUGUCUGGUUCUUUCGCAGCUGUUGUAACUUUGCCAUUUGAUGUGGUAAAAACACAAAAGCAGACACAACUUUGGAUGUAUGAAAGUCAUAAAAGUGCAAGCCUUCUAGCUGCCUAUCCCCUAUCAUCAUUCAUUCAUUCAUUCAUUCAUUCAGAGAGAGGAAGACUGAGACAGAGAGACAACUUUUCUAUGCCUAUGUCAACCUGGGCUAUCAUGAAGAACAUUGUUGCUAAGAAUGGGUUUUCUGGAUUAUUUACAGGCCUAACUCCCCGUUUAAUUAAAAUUGCUCCUGCUUGUGCCAUCAUGAUCAGUACAUAUGAAUUUGGAAAGGCUUUUUUCCAGAAAAAAAAUACUCAAAAACAGCAGUAGUGAUGCUGCUUCAACUUGAAAUAGCCAUGGCCAAAUAAGAUGGAGACUCUUAGGCAAGAGCCUUUCUUUUUUCUUACGAUUAUUUUGUAUCUUUCUUGCCGAUAAUUUAAAUGAAUAGAAAUUUCUACUUUGACUCUAAAUCAUAAUCCUUAUUUUAAAAUAAAUUGUGUAUUUCUAAUUUUUGAGAUAGUGAAAAAGAUAUUUCAGAAAUCACAACCACUGAGCAUUUUAUAAAGAAAAAAACAAUUAUUCCUUAACACUUGGAACUUGAGAGUUUGAUAUUAAAGAUCCUGUAUUGUAUACAGAUACUGCAACAGAGAGUGGUUUACUGAUUGUAUUAAAUGUUUACUAAAGUCAAGCGUGGGUGUAGAGGGGAAAACAACAUUGUAGACAAGUAAAAAUAAUGUUUUGGCACAGAAAGGUCAUCUGGUUUCAGCCAUGUGAUAAUUCAUGUGUCACUGUGGAGUCCUCUAGGUCUCUCUAUUGGCUUGUUCUAUUAUAUUUGAUAUUAUUAAUACAAUGUCAGUUAUAAAAUAUUUCCAGAAUUUCCCUUGAUGAUAUGCAUCUCACAUUAGUAUGCUAGACAAGAGACUACACAUACAAUUUUCUUGAAGAAAUAGCUUUUGGUCACUAUAGGCUAAUGCCUAAGAAAUUUACCUUAUGACUAUAGGAAUGAAAUAAAAAUAUUAUGGCAGGACAAGAAA